AUGUUACUUCGUAUAUGUGACGGUAGAGCUAAGUUUGAGGGUGGAGCUAAGGGCGAUGGUGGAGCUAACGGUAAGGGAAGAGCUAAGGGUAAGGGUAGAGCUAAGGGCGAGGGUGGAGCUAAGGGUAAGGGUGGAGCUAAGGGCGAUGGUGGAGCUAACGGUAAGGGAAGAGCUAACGGUAAGGGUAGAGCUAAGGGCGAGGGUGGAGCUAACGGUAAGGGAAGAGCUAACGGUAAGGGUAGAGCUAAGGGCGAGGGUGGAGCUAAGGGCGAGGGUGGAGCUAACGGUAAGGGUAGAGCUAAGGGCGAGGGUGGAGCUAAGGGUAAGGGUAAAUCUAAGGGCGAGGGAGGAGCUAAGGGUAAGGGUAGAGCUAAGGGCGAGGGAGGAGCUAAGGGUAAGGGUAUAGCUAAGGGCGAGGGUAGAGCUAAGGGUAAGGGUAAAUCUAAGGGCGAGGGAGGAGCUAAGGGUAAGGGUAGAGCUAAGGGCGAGGGUGGAGCUAAGGGUAAGGGUACGUCUAAAGGCGAGGGAGGAGCUAAGGGUAAGGGUAAAUCUAAGGGCGAGGGUGGAGCUAAGGGUAAGGGUAAAUCUAAGGGCGAGGGAGGAGCUAAGGGUAAGGGUAGAGCUAAGGGCGAGGGUGGAGCUAAGGGUAAGGGUAAAUCUAAGGGCGAGGGAGGAGCUAAGGGUAAGGGUAGUGCUAAGGGCGAGGGUGAAGCUAAGGGUAAGGGUAAAUCUAAGGGCGAGGGGGGAGCUAAGGGUAAGGGUAGAGCUAAGGGCGAGGGUGGAGCUAAGGGUAAGGGUAGAGCUAAGGGCGAGGGAGGAGCUAUGGGUAAGGGUAGAGCUAAGGGCGAGGGUGGAGCUAAGGGUAAGGGUAGAGCUAAGGGCGAGGGUAGAGCUAUGGGUAAGGGUAAAUCUAAUGGCGAGGGAGGAGCUAAGGGUAAGGGUAGAGCUAAGGGCGAGGGUGGAGCUAAGGGUAAGGGUACAUCUAAAGGCGAGGGAGGAGCUAACGGUAAGGGUAAAUCUAAGGGCGAGGGUGGAGCUAAGGGUAAGGGGUAA